AUGAAAUGCUUCCUGUGCCACAGCGAGGUCCUACCCACGCUGAACACUUUCAUCAUGUUAGACAUAAUAAUACAAAUGUUAAAAGGAAGUAACUUUCAGGGGAGGAGCAAAGGGAAACGAGAAAAGAAGAAAAAGAAAAAAAAAAAAACAAAAAAAAAAGCGCUCUACUUGACAAACAGAAUUAUGAUGGAAGCCUUCCCCCCAAAUUUUAAAUUCAUCUUAGCGUUCCUGAAUGGACAGGUGGAUCACCACGCGGGGGGGACGCUGCCAGAGGAGAGGGCGGGCAACGGGGAACUACACCAACUGAAUGAAGACAAGCACGACGACGAACUGCAAGCAGAGAGAAACUCCUUCCUCCGGAACACCGCACAGUGGAACGUACACAAAGUUAAAGACAUUAAAAAGGGCACACUCGAGAGAGUAAAUCAUUUCGAACCCCCCAUGAAGGAACAUCUGAGCAUGGACAAAUUCAAACAGAUCCUAGAACACAUACACAUAAAGUACAUCGAACGGGGGAACAAGCAACAGGAGGAGGACGACGAUGCGAAUGAUAAGGAGAGAACCUUAACAGAAGCAUUAUACAAUUUAAAUGAGCAAAAGGAAUACAACUGGGUUAUUGUGAAUUUAGCGUUCCUUUUUUUAGAGGAUAAAAAAAAAAUAAAUAUGUACGCUGAAAAUCUUUGUCUACACUAUUGUCAUGAGCAGACAAAGGAUACCUGCACAGAUAGCCUGAACAACACAAAGGAGAUUCACUUCUCCCCCCGGAAUAAAAAUAAUUUUGCAAAUAUGCUCAUGGAGAGGGAGAUAUAUGAUGUGACCUUCUUUAAGAACAUCCUGAGUUUUCACUUCUGCUACUCCUUUCUAGUAAAUUUUGACGAACACCUAAACCACAAUCGUGUGGCAGUCACCAUUAGCCAUGCGAUCCAUUCGCAGGUGGGAGGACUAUACAAAGAUGCACAGCGUGGGGGGGACUGCUUUGGUGAUGGAGGUAGGGGCGAACGUGCCAGGGGGAGAAGGACUACUCACCGUACGCGUGGAAGGGACAACAAUCACGACCCUGAACCAACCGACAGAUGGCCCAACAAUGAGCAGCACACUGUUGCAACGAGAUUGGAUCAGAACAAUGCGGAAAAAAAUUCCUCAAGUAGGAAGCGCAAAUUGGGGGAGAUUGAAGGGGCUGAGGUGCACAGUGGGGGAUACUCCGGUGCAUCUGCUGCAGAGAGGGAGAGAAGUGCCCCUGAGGAGGGAAGCACAACUGAUACCGCUCCUAGUGGAGGAUCAGACGAGGCACGACACACCCACGUGGAACAUCCAAAUCUGAACGACCUGCCUAAUUUGUGCAACGACGACCCCCGGCGCGAACAUGUGACGAAAAAUGGCAACACGCAUGCAAAGGAUUUCCUCACUCACCCGAAGAGAAAGAAAAAAAAAGGAAAAAGAAAACAUUUGUAUACCUUUGACGUUGUCCCCAAAUGUGAUGUGUAUAAAAAAAAUUACCUUAACAUGUUAUCCUUGUAUUGCGAUUGUGUCUUUUUAAUCUCCUGA